AUGCCUCCCGUUAACAAUGGUGCCCUGGCUUCAGCCGGCGUUAUUGCUGUGUCUGUUGCCGUAGCAGCUGCUAUUGCCAUCUACGAGUCGCCCGAACUUCGACGGUAUGCCGACGACAUCCGGAGGCGUAUUGCAGUCGCACUGCACUCGCUGGGCGAGGGCAUCGAGCCCGGCGACCGCCCGCCCAUGUUCAACCGCCCCGAGGACGCCCAAGGCUUCCUAGAGUCCCGAGGAGGAGCCGAGUCCGGCGUGGACGCCGACGAUGAGACCCGCCGCCGCCAGCGCGAGGAACUCUUGUACUGGAAUGCUGUACACCUGGCCAAAACGGAGAAGGAGAGAAUCGAGGCCGAGGAGUCCGGUUCCCGGGAACUGCCGCCGCCCGGGCCCACGCGGGGCAGGUCUUUCGACGACUUCAUGCAACAGGACCAGAACGGCGAGAAGGGAUCUUUUGUUUUCAACACGGGCGCAAAUGUCCACAACGAUGAGGGUCUUGUCCGUCGCCGCUACGAAGGUGUCCGCGGCCUGAACUCCUCGCUCUACGCCAACCCCUUUGCCGACGAGCACCAAAUCGAUCAGGAUGAGCUGCCGACGGUGGAAGAGCCAAGCCAGCUUUCUCCCGGCCGCGACGAGGCCGUGUCAGACAUUUAUAGUGCUACUACCCGUGACGCCGACGAGCGCCCCGAGAUAUCGCCGCCACUCUCGCCCAUAUGCCCCCACUGA